UGGUUUGAAGAUGGCGUUCUCCAAAAUGAGUCGGCCGGCUACAGCGGCUGGGAAAAGUGAAUUUUGUAAGCAGAAGCCGAAGCCAGAGAAACGGGAUGAAUCAGAACUCUUUGCUGUCUCUGAUGGUGGGAAGAAACCAGCUUUUUCCAAAGAGAACAAUCCCAGAGGACUCUUGGAGGAGAGCAGUUUCACAACUUUGUUCCCAAAAUACAGACAGGCUUAUUUGAAAGAGUGCUGGCCAUUUGUGCAGAAAGCACUGAAUGAACACCACAUUAACACAGCCCUGGACCUGAUCGAGGGCAGUAUGAUGGUCUGCACAACAAAGAAGACCUUUGAUCCGUGUAUCAUCUUUAGGGCCAGAGACCUGAUAAAACUGUUAGCAAGGAGUGUUUCAUUUGAACAGGCAUUGUGAAUUCUUCAGGAUGAUGUUGCAUGUGAUGUUAAAAUAGGUUCUUUGAAAGAAAGAUUUGUAAAAAAAAGACAAUGACUUAUCAAAGGAUCUACAUUGGAGGAGCUGGAACCCUUAACAAACUGUUACAUUACAGUUCAGGGAAACACGGUUUCAGCUAUUGGGUCCUUUAGAGGCUUAAAAGAGGUUAGGAAAGUGGUCCUAGAUACUAUGAAGAAGAUUCAUGCAAUUUAUAAUAUUAUAACCUUAAUGAUUAAAAGAGAAUUGGUACAAGAUUCCAAAUUCAGAUCACAAAAUUGGGAAAGAUUUUUGCCACAGUUCAAGCACAAAAAUGGAAACAAAUGCAAGGAACCAAAGUAAAAAACGGUUAAGAAGGUGUAUACACCAUUCCCAUCACCACAGCCAGAAAGUCAGAUCGACAAAGAACUGGCUACUGGUGAAUACUUUCUGAAGGCAAGUCAAAAGAAGCGGCAGAAAAUGGAAGCAAUCAAGGCUAAACAAGCAGAAGCUCUCACUAAGAGGCAAGAGGAGAGAAACAAAGCUUUUAUUCCACCUAAAGAAAAACCUAUUGUGAAGCCUAAGGAAGCUUCUACUGAAACUAAAAUUGAUGUGGCUGCUAUCAAGGGAAAGAUUCAGAAAGCAAAGAAGAGGAAACUGGGAGCUCUUACAGAGCUUUGCAGAGGAGUUCUGGCCAAGGUUGUCCCAGACAUGUGAAAAUGAAAACAUAUUUGAACAAAUAAUGAAGGAAAACUUCCUCAGACUGGCGAAGGAAACAGACUACCAGGAAGCCCAGAGAGUCCCAAAGAAGAUGGAUCUGAAGAGGAACACACCAAGGCACAUCAUCAUCAAGUUACCCAAGAUUAAAUAUAAAGAGAGAAUCCUUAAAAAAGCAAGAGAAAAGGAGAC